AUGAUGACCUCUCCCCUGCACGAUGCUUCCACCGAGCACGCGAACACACAGCUGUUAUCCACAGAAAAAAAAAACCAUCGACAUCCAUUCUUUGCAUGACAGACACGUGAUCUGAUACCUGUUUUGCAUGACAAAUUGGAUGUGGAUGCGUUUUUUUUUCUGUGGAUAGCUGUCGCUGUUCUUCGACAAACUCGUAGCCAAAGCGGCGAAGGACGACAAGAGCGUCUGUGGGGUCGCGAGCGAGAUCUCCAAGACCUUCUUUCAGCAGAUGCAGCACGAUCGAAUUUUGCGGAAGCAGGCGGAGUAUGCAUUGCAAAAGCAUCGUACUAGUAGAAAUCGCAUUACAAAUUCGGUCAGCAUGACAAGUGGAAUUUGUCAUGCUGUUUGACCUUGGGAUGGAAAUUUGUAAUGCAUGAUUGCGAUUACUACGAGUGCGAUACUUUUGCACAGGAUACGGAGAGCGAUUUGAUGGAGGCGGAGGAAGAGAUGAAGCAGCUCCGGUCCCAAGUCGUGUUUUUGGAGCAGAAGUUAUCCAGGAAAAAACACCCAUCCCCAUCCAAUUUGUCAUGCAAAACAUGCAUAAAAUCCACUAUUUGUCAUGCACAAAAUGGAUGGGGAUGGGUGUUUUUUCCAGGAUAGAAGUUACGCAGACUGGAAACCAACUCGAAAAAUGUGAAGGAGGUGAAGACCACAUUUGUUUCACGACGAGGAGGGGGGAAUAACCAAUCUGCGGGAACAACCAAAGGGAAGAGGAACAAGAUGAUAUCAGAUGAAGACCAAGACGUCGAUACUGAAGACGAGCAGAAUGAAAAUGCCAGCGACCAACACCAGCAGGGCGGCGAUUUCGCCGUCGCGGACACGCCCUCCUCUCGGCUCCGGAAGCUCGCCAGCCGCAAGAAAGCUUUGGCGCGAAAAGCCCUCCCCCCCUGGGAGCAGUCCAGUACGCGCGAAGAGCGGGCCCGGCUGUUCGACGGCGCCGUCGGAUGGUACGAAGCGGACGCGAAACGGAUGAAAAAGCGGGUGGAUAUCCCGGAAAAAACAGCCAUCCACAUCCAAUUUGUGAUGCAAAACAUAUAUAAAAUUCUAUGUUUUUGUCAUACAAAAUAAAACGGAUGUGGAUGGAUUUUUUUCUGUGGAUAGUGGAGCGCGAGGGCGUGCAGCGCCAGAGCGUCGUCGUCAACCCGGUCAUCGGCAGUAAGCUGGAGGCGGAGAACUUUGCGUUCAACAAGGUACGGAAAAGCAAGGACGUGGAGAUCAUGAGCACCGAGCGGAUGGCGAUCAUGAAGCCGGUGUUUGAAAAAAUCAUGGACUUUUACGCGAAUGAAUGAAGAGGAAGCACGUCGACGGGCCAGCGCCAGUCGAUGCUUUGUAAUGCUGGGCCCGCUUUUUGUCUGCCUGGUUUCGAACUUCUAGCUUUACCGUUUACUCGUGAGCUCAAUUUCACCUGCCCACCCGGUGGCCAUAUCGCUUUAUUUCUGACAAUACUUCCUAGAAGCAAGCACCAGGGGUGCCGUGAGAAAGGGAAAGUAUAGUGGUUGCGGUUGAUUGCUUCCCUCAAUUACUUACCUGAAAAAAAAAAAAGGUUGGUACUACCGAACAAUCACAACAUGGUUCUGUCAUCACUUCAUGGACACACAU